CUCUGUGUGCGUCUUGCGUAUUGUUGGAUCUUUACCCUGUCUUUGUAUCCCGGCUCAUGCAUACAUAAAUCUUGGGGCAGAUCGCUCUUCACUUACACGUGGCAGAAUGUCUGACUUCUUGCCGACCGUUUACGAUCGGAUUUCUCCAUGCCGUUGCGUGCGCGUGUAUGCGUUGAUGUCGUCAGAACGUUGCCUUGUUUGUAUACGUGCUUGUGUGUUUGCAAUCAGAUACCUUUAUUUUUUCUUCAUCACGCGACGUCCUGACUGUACCUACGAUAUCCAGUGAAAGGGUUUAUGUUUUUGUGGGGCCGGAAGAUCUCAUAUUAUCUCCAUCUCAUCUGUACACCGGAUCCUGGACUAUAUGUCGACCGUUUUCCCUUAUCCGUCAAGGGCCCCUUUCGCGGCUUGGAACCCCCGCUCCAUUUUACAUCAUAAUUCUCACUCCUUCCUAUUAUCUUUGUUUGAAGACUCUUUUUGUGUGUUAUUUCGUCAACUACCUCUCUCCUUGAACCCUCUUGGAACCUCAAUCCCAAAAUACAAUGAUCUACCAAGUCGAGCGUCAAUCAAACGUCUAAGAUCAUUACCGGAAACAGCAAAACUUCGCUAG